AUGGCUCACACAUCGGUUGAACAGCAAGGCACAGUGACUCUCAUGCUUGACAAUCUAUGUAUUAAGAAACAGGAAACCGUAUGUCUUACUGACAGUUACAAUGAACGCAUUCGCCCACUGCUGGACUCGGUUGACACUCUACGUGGUCUAGGAGUCAUGAAGGAAGGUAUUAAUCUUCCCAGCAUUGUUGUCGUUGGAGACCAGUCAUCUGGCAAGUCCAGCGUGCUCGAAUCUCUCGCAGGCAUUAGCCUACCGAGAGGUCAGGGAAUUUGUACUAGAGUCCCGCUCAUUAUGAGAUUGCAUAACUCCAGACUUGAUGAGGGUAUGCAAAUUGUCGUUGAAUACAAUGGAAAGAAACUGAGCAUUGCAGAUUCGCAAAUAACAGAGACUCUCAAUUCAGUUACAGAGGAGAUUGCGGGAACAGGAAAGAGUAUAAACGACACUCCGAUAACAUUAAAUGUAUGGAAGCCGAAUGCUCCAGAUCUCACCAUGGUUGAUUUACCUGGUAUCACAAGGGUGCCUGUGCAUGGCCAGCCUCAAGAUAUCUAUGAGCAAAUUUCACGUAUUAUAAUGCAAUAUAUAGCUCCCAAGGAGAGUAUAAUACUGAAUGUAUUAUCUGCUGCAGUGGACUUCCCCACGUGUGAGUCAAUAAGAAUGUCACAACUUGUAGAUGAAAAGGGGGAAAGAACACUGGCUGUUGUCUCUAAGGUAGACAAAGCUCCUGAGGGUGUACUAGAGAAAGUCACAGAUAAUUCCGUAAAUAUAGGUCUUGGGUAUGUCUGUGUGAGAAACAGGGUCGGGAAUGAAACUAUUUCUGAGGCAAGGCAAAUGGAGUGUGAACUAUUCACAAGAGAUCCCGAUCUUUCUAAAAUUGACAAGAAUAUGGUUGGAAUACCUGUUUUGGCCAAAAAGCUUAUGCAGAUUCAAGCAAUGAGUAUCAGUAAAUGCUUACCAGAUAUACUCAAAAAGAUUGAUGCUACACUUUCGAAGAGGCAGUCAGAACUGAAUACUCUACCUCGCAAUUUCUCCACCUCUGCGGAAGCCAUGAUAGAGUUCAUGAGACUCAUGGAUUCUAUCAAAGGUAUGUUGCACAAGCUGCUUGUUCAGGGGGAUAUUGAGUUGUUUCCUGAUGAAACUGAGAUGCAUUGUAUUGCCUGCCUCUAUAAAAUGUUUGAGAGCUAUUCUCAUGAUCUAUCAAGUGCAUUCAACAAUACACCAGAUGAUUUUCUUGUUGAGGAAGUAAAACUACUGGAGGAAGCUCGAGGUGUUAGUCUUCCAAACUUCCUACCUCAUUCUGUUUUAGUCAUUCUUCUACAAAGCCGGAUUGAGUCUAUUUCAGAGAGGAGCAGGGAUUUAGCCAUAAUGGCUUGCCACUAUAUAGACAAGGUUGUAUGUCGUGUUAUUGAUAUCCAAACACAAUGCUUUCCCAGCCUUCAUUCAGCUUCACGCAGAGCUUUCCAAGCUCUUAUUGACAGGAAAAGGGACGAAUGCAUACGGUUAGUGCAGGAUACCCUCGAUAUGCAGAAGACAAUUUUCUUUACCCUGAAUCCUAGUUUCUCGGAGUCCCGGCAAAACUGGGAGGAAUGGAAGAAAACGUUUCUGGACGCAAUAAAGAGGAAUCAUAAUACUGUUAAACUUGAAGGAAUUGGCGAAAUAAAUCUAAAAAAUGUGCCGAAAGACAGUAUUCAGCUGGAUGCAGCAUUUGACAUGAAGAUGAGCGUCAUGGCCUAUUGGAGUGUGGUAAAGAUGAGGCUUGUGGACGACAUUCCUCUCCAUCUUCGGUUUACCUUCCAUAAAAUGGUUCAAGAUGAUAUUGUGAACCUUGUUGUUAAGGAAGUUCUAGGAAGUGCAGAGCCAGCGAAGAUAGGUGAUAUUCUUGAAGAGAGCCCGAAAACAGCCACAAAGAGGAGGGACCUUCUCAAGAGGAUUGCUAUGCUAAGAGAAUCCAAGUAUACACUUUCCAAAAUCAUUGAUAAGCUUGAAGAAGCGUAG